CAUGUUGUCUUCACAAAAAAGCAGAAAUUGUUAUAAAAAAAUUCACAAUACAGUGAUAAAAUAAUAUAUUCAGUGUGCAAAAAAAAAAAAAUUAUAGAAAAUUUAUCAUAUUUAUUUAUUGCAUUAACUCAUUUCAAGAUGUCGGUCGUUUCGUCGAGGGUCAGUAGUGUGGCCUCUAUUUUAAAAACUCCUGGUUCUAGAUCAUCACUUCUUAAUCAACCGAAGCGAAUUCGUUUCAAGCUUCCAGAUGAUCUUAAAAAUGUUCUUCUGAAUUUUGAAACCGAUGCUUAUUGCCAAACGUAUAAAGAUUUGGUAUGCAUAUUACGAGAUUCAGUUUUAAAGGACAACGAACUGCUUUCUUUAUUAACUGAUAUACGUCAAUGUAUAUCGUUGCUCGAUGAAAGACACAAAUUGUUAAUCGAAGCUUUAUUGAAUAUACCAUGGACAAAUCGAAGUUUAGAAGUAACUUCAGCCUACAAAAAAUUUGUAGAAGAUCUAAUGUGUGUACAUGUUUAUCACUCAAAGUUUGUGAUGGAAAAACUAAUUCUAAGACUUAAACCGGCAAAUGCGUCAGAUCCUGAGUGGGAAGAUGGAAAACCUAGAACUGAGGAUGUACAAAGAUUAAAUCAUGUUCACGAUAUUCUUCGAAAAUUUUUAACCGUUAUUCCUAUGUCCCAAGAUCUUUUGUUGCAAGUGCUAACAUCAGCAUAUCCUCACAUAUCUGCUGGGACUCAUUCACACGAAUUAUACGUAUACGCUUUACUUCAAAUUGUAGAAUAUGCACCUUAUCUUCGAAGGAGCAUACUGCAUUUAAUAGUUCACAGGUUAGUAGAACUGGACGCGAGCGCUUCGCCUUCAGAAAUUCAUGCCCACGAAGAAGACGAAAUGGAGGAGGACAACGAAAUCAACGGUGCAAUAUUUAGUCUAGACGAUUCGACAGAAAAGAAACUGUCAACACCUCAAAAACGCCAACCCAUGAAACAUCCGGCUGCUCGAACUCUCGACGCCUGUAUCGAGCAGAUGUUUGACUACAUCCACGAGACGUGUCAUGUUGAUGGAAAAAUUGAUGUCGAUUCUCUCCGCGGUGUCUACAACGACCUCCUCCACAUUUUCGAAGAACUCAUCCUUCCCACUUGUGGACACCACGUUCAGUUUCUCCUUUUUUAUGUCUGCAGCUUCAAAGUGGCAGUUGCCGAGGCAUUUGUAAAAUUUCUCUGGCAAAAGGUUUCGAAUCCGAAUGUGCCAUACUUUUUGCGACAGCAGGCAGUCGCUUAUAUUGUGAGUUUGUUGGCGAGGGCGACAUUUAUCCCGCUCAGUUUACUUCAGGGUGUCCUGUCCGAAAUGGCCGCUUGGGUGCAUGCUUACAUUUGCUCCCAAGAUAUGAUGGAAUGUGCCAAUAGCGAUGUACGAGUUCAUGCUGUAUUUUUUGCCAUUUGUCAAGGGAUGUUUUAUCUGAUAGCGUUCCGGCACAAGGAUAUGACAAAUGGAAAGAAAAAUCUCCUCUUUUUACAAGGCCUCAACCUGAACAAAAUUGUCAGCUGCAGACUGAAUCCCUUGAAGGUCUGCCAGCCGGCCGUUGUCCAAAAUUUUGCAGCAGUAACCAGAAAGUACCAACUUGCUUAUUGCUACACAGUGAUUGAACACAAUGCUCGCAACAAUCUUCCCAUCUACCAAAUGGGAAAUGUCACGACGAUCACUCUCGAUCCGUUUUUCCCGUUUGAUCCUUACCUGUUGCAGUGGAGCGAGCAUCGAAUAAGUCCUCUCUAUUACAGCAGUCAGUGUAUGACUUUAAGUGUGGAAAGCCCGAAGAACAAUCAGUACGAGGAUGAGGACGACUUUAUGGACGAAUCCUUCUCGACUGACUCCAGUUCCCAUAGUUACGUUGACAAAUUUUCAUAUGGAACUUCACCAGGAUUUAUACAAACGUAAAAAUGUAAUAUUUCCUUAUCUUUCGUAAUAAAAAUAUUAAAAAAAAA